AUGGUGGAGCAACUUAUGAGGGGAUACGAACGCAAACGGAUCUCUCCCCGGUGCAUGAUCAAGUUGGAUUUACGGAAGGCCUGCGACUCCGUAAAUUGGGAUUUUUUGCGUUCGAUGUUGGUGGGGCUAGGGUUCCCGGACUUGGUGGUUCGAUGGAUUAUGGAAUGCGUGACAUCGGUUUCCUAUACGGUGUCGGUUAAUGGAGUGACGAAGGGUUUUUUCCCGGGGAUGAGAAGACUUCGUCAAGGGGACCCGUUAUCACCUUACCACUUCGUGAUAUGUAUGGAAUAUCUCUCGAGAUUGCUACACGUUCGAGCGAUGGAGCAAGAGCUCAAUUUCCACCCGAUGUGCCACGUGCACAAAUUGACGCAUCUCAUUUUUGCCGACGAUUUGAUGCUUUUUUCGAGAGGCGAUGUAGCUUCCGUUCGUACGCUUGCUACCACGGUGCUUGAGUUUGGGCGAGCAUCGGGACUCCUAGUGAAUAACCUGAAGUCGAACUUAUUCCUUGCCGGAGUUCAUGUGGCCGACCGUACAUCGAUUGAGGAGGAAUUCCGUUUUGCCACCGGAACCUUCCCAUUUCGAUACUUAGGUAUUCCACUCGCUGCGUCAAAACUUCGGGUGCUGAAUUACCAACCUCUUUUGGACAAAAUCGAGCAUGCCAUCGGAGUUUGGAAGGGUCAUACGCUAUCGUACGCCGGCCGAUUGGAGAUCUUAAAGGCGGUAGUUCAAGGUACGUGUUGCUACUGGCUUUCGAUCUUUUCGAUUCCGAUUACGGUCAUUGGAUACAUUGAAGACAUGGCUAGGGAUUUCUUGUGGGAUACGGCCAAACCAAAAGUGAGUUGGGAAUAUUUGUGUAAACCGAAGGCCGAUGGGGGGCUGGGGCUUCGGUGUUUCCGCACGUGGAAUCGUAGCUUGCUAGGGAAGGACCUAUGGGACAUCCACCUGAAAAAGGAUUCCCUAUGGAUCCAAUGGGUUAACGAGUUCUACCUCAAAGGCACGGCCGUGUGGGAAUGA